GCCGCGGAGGCGGGGGGUGGGUGUGGGACUGCCGCUCAGCGCGGGGAGAGGUGGCCUCGGAAUGGCCGGGCCGGGGGUGGGCGGGAGCCGCAGUGGCGGCGGCGGCUGGGGGCGGUGAGCGCGGCGUGGGGCUGCCCCUCCCCGGAGGCGGCGGGGGCGGCCGGGGCCGCGCCGCACCGCACCGCGCGGGCGGCCAUGGAGCGAGCCUAGGGCCCGACAGGAACUGUGGAAGGUGGAUCAGUGAAGAAAUGGACCAGUGUGUAUAAUCAUGGAAUCUCCUUGCUAACCAUCACCACCAGCUCUCCUUAAUAAGUGAGCAAGAGUGGGUCAGGGGAGAAGGAAAAGAGGUCAACAUGAAGCUAAAGCAGCGAGUCGUGCUGUUAGCCAUUCUCCUUGUCAUCUUUAUCUUCACCAAAGUUUUCCUGAUUGACAACUUAGACACAUCAGCUGCCAACCGGGAAGACCAGAGGGCCUUUCACCGAAUGAUGACUGGCUUGCGGGUGGAGCUGGCGCCCAAGCUGGACCAUACCUUGCAGUCUCCCUGGGAGAUUGCAGCCCAAUGGGUGGUUCCCCGGGAAGUGUACCCUGAAGAGACACCAGAGCUGGGGGCAAUCAUGCAUGCCAUGGCCACCAAGAAAAUCAUUAAAGCUGAUGUGGGUUAUAAAGGGACACAGCUGAAAGCCUUACUGAUACUUGAAGGAGGACAGAAAGUUGUUUUCAAACCUAAGCGGUAUAGCCGAGACUAUGUGGUGGAAGGGGAACCGUAUGCUGGUUAUGACAGACACAAUGCAGAGGUAGCAGCCUUUCACCUGGACAGGAUUCUGGGUUUCCGCCGAGCCCCCUUGGUGGUUGGCAGAUUUGUUAAUCUUCGGACAGAGAUCAAACCUGUUGCCACGGAGCAGCUGUUGAGCACCUUCCUAACUGUAGGAAACAAUACUUGUUUUUAUGGGAAGUGCUAUUACUGCCGAGAAACAGAACCCGCUUGUGCUGAUGGAGACACAAUGGAGGGAUCUGUCACACUUUGGCUUCCAGAUGUGUGGCCUCUGCAGAAACACCGUCACCCAUGGGGCAGGACUUACCGAGAAGGCAAAUUGGCCAGGUGGGAGUAUGAUGAGAGCUACUGUGAUGCUGUGAAGAAAACGUCCCCUUAUGACUCUGGCCCGCGCCUCUUGGACAUCAUUGACACAGCUGUCUUUGAUUACCUGAUUGGCAAUGCUGAUCGCCAUCACUAUGAGAGCUUUCAAGAUGAUGAGGGCGCUAGUAUGCUCAUCCUUCUUGAUAAUGCCAAAAGCUUUGGGAACCCCUCGCUGGAUGAAAGAAGCAUUCUUGCCCCUCUCUAUCAGUGUUGCAUCAUUCGGGUUUCUACCUGGAACAGACUGAACUACCUAAAGAAUGGUGUGCUAAAGUCUGCCUUAAAAUCUGCCAUGGCCCAUGACCCCAUCUUCCCAGUGCUCUCUGAUCCUCAUCUGGAUGCUGUGGACCAGCGGCUCCUGAGUGUCCUGGUCACCGUGAAGCAGUGCACUGACCAGUUCGGGAUGGACACUGUACUGGUGGAAGACAGGAUGCCUCUCUCACACUUGUAAUUCUCAACACAAAAUAAGUGAAACUUCUUUUUACAAAGAUAGAGAAACAGCACAAUCAAUUCCAAAUGGUAUGAGAUGGAUUGGAAAUGGCCAGCAGCAAGUUCUGGUUACAGGGGACAGGGUGGCCUUGGAUGUCUCUGGUGUUUUCUGUAGUGGAAACUAAAGCAAAGACCACAAGUUUCAGAGCAUGGAGACAUUCCUGCUGAAUCGCCUUCUGACUUCCUCGGCAAUUGCCCAUUCUAGCAGUGGGCAUCAUAGUUGGUCAGUCUUAAUUCCCAUGCCAAAGGACAAAGAGAGGUGUGACAUUUGGAAGGAUGAAUACUGGGACUGGCUCUGGAGCAUGUGUUUUGAGUUGAACCUUGCAGUCCUUUCUCCACGCCUGUGGAUUUUGUGGAAACACUUUGCAAUCUCGUAUGUCUUUUUUUUUUUUUUUUUUUUUUUUUUUACCGGAACUAGUUAAAUCUGGAAUGCUUGUUGCCUCCUACAGAGUGGCAGCAAAUAAAACCCUGCAUUCCAUCAAGCCAAAAUAGCACACUCUGUUGGAGGAGAUACUUGUUUAGGAUAGAAUUGGAGGGAAGGACAAAAACAGGAAGAUGUUUGGGCUUCUGAGCCGUUGGAUAGUAUUGUUUUGAUCAUCUUAGAGGAGGGAAGGAGAGAGUCACUUGGUAGAAGCAAUUGGGGAGAUGAUUGAACUGUUGAAAAACAGAUGCCUUUGUAUUUCGGUUCUUAAGGUAUGUAAAAAGGAAACGACUUUACACCUAAGUAAAUUCUGCAUUCUCACAGUUGUGUCCCAGUUAACCAAAAAGUUGUUUCUAGAGAAAAUACUAUUACCUUCUAAGCAUGA